AUGCGGUCUGUCCUCUUAGUGAUAUCGGCAAUAUAUGGAUUCCGAACUAUCGGAGGCAGCAUAAAAGAAGGCAGCGUUGACUAUGAAAAGAUGGUGAGCCAAGAGAAGUGUGUUCUGUUUGUGAGAAGAUUCUGCCCAUACAGUAUUGCAGCAAGAGAGCUGCUCGAUGACAGUGGUGUCAGAUGCAAAGUUGUUGAGGUUGAUGAACUUCCAGAGGCUAUAGACUUUGUCAAAAGAUAUCAAAGAACGUUCCCUGCCUUUUUCCUUGAUGGCGUUCUUGUUAAAGGAGGAUAUGAAGGACUCAGCUAUCUCUCAAGCAGAAGCCUCCCUCCGUUUGAUAAGUCUUCUCCAUCCAUUGAUAGGAAGGGCAUAUCACCUAGAUUAAAAGGUUAG